ACGAGAAGAUGUGUCUUUUUUGUCAGCCGAAUCCGUCGAUCUCGCAAUCUUUCCGCUGUGUACGACAAUCUGUAUGGUCUGGACUCUGUAGGUAGGUAGGUGGUCGUUAAGCUGUGGGGGCCAAACAGUUUCUUGCCACUUUCUUGCCACGUGGCGUUCUCUCAGAAAACUUGCUGACGUCAACGCCAAUGUAGGCGGUGAUGACGUGUGUGCAGGAGAAGAAAAAAGUGUUAACUCGUGCUGCGCCUGAUUUCGCAAACAUGGGUCCAGCUUCUCGAUCUCUACUACCAUCGACGUCCCAAAAGAACGUCCAGAUGCGGAGCCUUGGUUUCACCCCUUGACUCAGUUUGCGGUUGGAUGCAGAAAAGUAUUACAGUUACUCGUGCACCACCUGAUUUCGCAAACGAGGCUCCAACUUCUCCAUCUCAAGCUGUCGACAUCCCAAAAGAACGUCCAGAUGCGGGAGCCUUGGUUUCGCCCCUUGACUCAGUUUGUGGUCUAGAUGCGGAAAAAAGAAGUAUUAACUCGUGCAACCUGAUUUCGCAAACCAGGGUCCAGUUUCUCCAUCUCAACCAUCGACAUUCCGAAAGAGCGUCCAUACACCGGAACCCAAGAAAUCUAGAAAGCAGAACUUCUGGUCUUUGAGAAGGACAGACAGGGAGGUUCUUUCUUGUCUUUCUUGUCUUUCUUGUCUUUCUUGAUUCUAUGGGGUGGUGGUGGAUGUCCCUUCUGAGUUGGUGGAGUGAAAUUUGUCUUCUUAAUUCCGCUUAGGAAAAUGGAGAAAAGAGACAGGAUUUCUUCUUAUUGUCUCUGAGAUGUGGUGACCACAACUCGAGGAACCAAAAGUUGUGAUGGCAAUUCUCUCUGUCUACUCCUUCCCGUGGCUAAUGGUACGCAACCAACCUGUGCAUCGCGUUGUCUAGCAAUGUGUGAGAUGGGGAGAUCGCCGGGACUCGAGAAGCCGGAGCGGAGACCCACCGGGGUCUCUGAGGAGGCGACGAGACUGGAGCUAGAUGAGGAUGCUGUCUGUGCGUCAGACGCCAUUGGUACCUUCUCCCCCACACCGGCUGCAAAAGCUGUGGCUUUUGUCGCUGCCGUUGAUUCUGAUGGCGGUAGUCAGGUUGACGUUGAUAUGGAGACAAUGAAUCAGCAGAGGAGGAGGAGGACGAAGCUGAGGGAGGCGGAGGAAGUCUGCGAAGAUCGGUGGUACAAGGAUGGGCAGAAAACACUGUCGUCGUCGAAGAUGAUGAUGAUGAGGAGGGAACAGGCUAACACCUAUAGAGCAUGCCGAGGGGCUAGGCAGAGCCAGGCCACCACUGGUAGUCUGUACAUACCACCCAAGCGUGGGAAGAAGGGGGGAAGGCGGACUGCAGGGACUGCUGCAGAGGAGAUUACACCGGCUGCGCAAGCUGUAGCCCUUGUCGCAGACAUCGAAUCGGAUGGAGGAAGACUCCUACCGAGUCUGCCCAUAGCAGCCAAGGGGCGCAGGAGAAAGAAGGGGGCCGACGCCGCCGGCGUCGGGGAAGCUUCUGCUUCAGCUUCUGCUUCCUCGGAGCGUAUUACACCUGCUGCACAAGCAGUGGCGUUUGUUGCGGACAUUGAGUCCGAUGGGAACGGUGAGAUCGAUUUAGCCACAACUACCCAUCAAAUUAGGAGAAAACCGAGGAGGAGGAGUCUUCGCAAUCCCGUGAACAGAGAUGCAGAUGGGCAUCGAAGUGCGUCGUCGAUGCGAGGUCCGCCGACAACCCGGACGAAGCCGCAGUCAAGCCGGUGUGCAAAGUGCAUUGGCAGCACAGGGAAAGAAGAUGAAGUCAAGGGUAAUGCCGAGGGAGCCAAGAAUGGCACUAGGAACAGCGCCACCGCGGGUAUUCGAAUGAGGUCUGGCCCUGAGAACUUGAACGGCGGCUGCUCCAGGACGAGAACGACACAGUCAAGGAAGUCCGGUGGCAUAUUUGGAUGUCGGCAAAAUGAUCAGAGGGAUGCGACGGUGAAAAUGACACCGGCCGCAGAAGUGGCAGCCUCGGUCUCCGCCCUUGACUCAGACGUUGGUCUAGAUGCAGAAACAGUUACACCGGCUGCAGAAGCAGUAGCGUUGAUCUCAGCCCUUGACUCGGAUGGCGGUCUAGAUGCAGAAACCGGUACGCGGAGAACGAGAGAGAGGAGGAAGACACGGGGGGGCGAGGUUGUUCUCGGGGUUCGUGCGAAGAGCCCUGGGGCUGUGAAGGGAAGAACACAGAAAGCACAGAGACGCGGGGCUCGACCGGGUCGUGUUGCUUCUUUUUCUGAGGGUUCCACACUGACUGGUACUGACAAAGAAGACCCUGUAAAUACUGCUGCCAUCACUGGGGAUAAGCAGCCCGUGCAGGAGUCGUCGACGAAUGGCUGUCUUCCCACAGAAAGACAGCAGUUGCUUGGAACAGCGGGGCCUUUUGAACCCAUGGACAAGAAGCCUCAUAUGUUGAGUACACUGUGCCGGCAUGUCUCUUCUGGUUUGCAGCAACCCAUGGGGAGUGUCGUCCAUCAUCAAAAAUCUGGUGGGGGAGUCUAUGAACCUCGUCUUGAUUAUGCUUCUUCACAGAGUAUGACCGCACCCGUAACUGCUCCACAGUUGGAUACGGCUGCUGAUUCCAGGGGUGAUGUUGAAAUGAACAGAAGGCCGAGGCGGCAAAGAAUGACAGGAGCAAAAGAAGAAAAUGGUUAUGAUGGUGGCAAUGGCAUUGGUUCCCCCCAUCGUGGUGGCGACAAUGAAUUGCAAAGCGAUGAAGCGCAGGACCCACUGGCAAGUCAGAGUGGUAUUGCUCCACUGGACUCUGUAGCAGCAAGUCCUAGAAAAGCCGCAGAAGAAGCAGGGCUGGAUUUCACCAGAGGCGCCUGUGAGGAAUCAAUGCCCGUCCUCGCUGAGGCUGCUUUGCUUCCUCCACCUAUGUUGUCGUCAUCAGUAAUUGUCGAGACCCAGGCAGUGCCAUCAAAGAGCAGGAAAUCGAAGUCUGCCAGCUGGCAGAAGUUGCCGCAUGGCAGGCUCACUGAUGUUUUGCACAGCAGGGGGUCCAGCUCGGCCGCAAGGGAAGUUGAGGGAACCGCUUCUGAGAACAUGACAGCAGCUGCUCAAGCAGUUGCCUUUGUGGCGGCCGCUGAUUCUGAUGGCGACGAGCCGUUGCCUGCACGGCGGCGGCGAGUGAGGAGGAAGAUUGUCCAAGCUCCAUGUGAUCCGGCCGCGUCCUGUGUGUACGAGAUGCGAAGGGCAAUAGACGUGCAGUCUCGAAAUCUGACAGGCCAGCAACAUGAUGCGGCGGAAGUGGCUGAUUUCUCGGGAGAAUUCAUGGAGGUCGAUACGCAAUCUCCGAAAGAGUGUGGUGGUCCUGGUGGAGGAAAUGUUUUACACGACAACGCAGAACGCAUGAUGCCUGUUGAUUUUGAGACAACAGCUUACGACCAUAUUUCGGCAGCUAGUUCUAGUGAUGAUGGGGUGAGAAUGCUCUCUCAGCAGCUGAGGAGGAAAAAGAGAAGGGAAGAGAAAAAGCAGUUACGGGAUCGGCAGCCGCACUCCGACUCUGCCAAUGCAGGUGUCGCCGAAGGAACACAGCAGGCUCCGUUGGUCAAUCCAAACUGGGUCCCGCCCGCUUCGGCAUACUGCCUUAUCCAGGAGAAACUCUACACGGAUCCAUGGAAAGUUCUGAUUGCCUGCAUAUUGCUUCAUAAGACUGGAGGGCACCAGAUGCACAAAGUGAUUUGGGACUUGUUUGAAUUAAUACCGACACCAGAAGCAGCUAUUGCAGCAUCAGAAGCAGAUAUUGCAAAUGUGAUCCGAUCCCUUGGGCUGUAUAAUAAGAGAGCCAAAAUGAUCAAGCGUUUCUCAGAGGAGUACUUGCGAGGCGAUUGGACAGACGUCACUCAGCUCCAUGGGAUUGGCAAGUAUGGUGCAGAUGCUUAUGCUAUCUUCUGCCAAGGACGGUGGCGAGAAGUUCAGCCAGAGGAUCACGUUUUGACUGAUUAUUGGAGGUUUUUACAUGCAACAGAUGGCCAGGGUUUUGCCUUUCAUAAUGGCUAAGGGUGGGCUGUGCACACAGUUGCUGUGCCAACUGGUUGGACGAUACUCCAUCAUGUGUAAAAGUUUGGCGGGUUGUCAGGUGUGCUUGGAGGGUACUCCGGUCUGAUGUGCCUUCCAAGUGUCCGUUUCCGUGUUGCUGCAUCAUCAUCAGAGCUUCUGAUACCUCUUGAAUCUUGAUGGCAUUUAAAACAAAACAACUCUGCUUUUCCUUUCUUUUCCUUUCCUUUCCUUUCCUUUCCACCCUUCUUUUUCUCGUACAAAGCUAGGUGGAAUAAGGCCGUGGUCACACUAGGAUUUCUUUGCGACCUAACGUGGCCUUGUCGAUAGUCAGAGUGGAUUGAAAAAGUCUUUAAGUUUGAGUGAUUGCUAAUUAGUUCCUAUUUGUUCUGAGAGUUCAGCUGGCUUAUGCCUGAAUGGCACACACCGAGAGCUACUACCGGUAGCCAGCACAUUGAGAGUUGAUGUCCAAUGCAGUAAUGUGAGGGGCCAUCGGCACGUUCCUCUCUCCCACCCCUACCUGCUGUCUCAUUUGUACUGUUAAUGUGUAACUGUGGUUGAUUCGAUCGAGUUCAAUGAUGAUUUGAAUUUUGAGAUUGCUUUAUAAGCAACGUUAGUUUACUGAUGAAGUCUUUGGUUGAGAGUCCGCAGCCAUAAUCAAAACUUUUUCGCCCAACUUUCUUAUCUAUUUCCCUUUCGCAAUCAAGGAGUUGAGCCGAA